AUGUUCUUUUUCAGGGUAACUGGUGGAGAAUUAUUUGAUCGCAUUGUAGAAAAAGGCAGCUAUACAGAAAGAGAUGCAAGCACAUUGAUCAAACAGGUGUUGGAAGGUGUAGACUACAUGCAUGAUCGAGGAGUCGUGCAUCGGGAUUUGAAGGUGAAAAAUCUCCUAUAUUAUAGUAGUGCUGAAGACUCAAAAAUCAUGAUUAGUGACUUUGGUUUGUCCAAGACAGAGGAAUCCGGAAUUAUGGCAACAGCAUGUGGAACUCCGGGUUAUGUAGCUCCAGAGGUCCUUGCCCAGCAGCCAUAUGGGAAAGAAGUAGAUUGUUGGUCAAUAGGAGUCAUAGCUUAUAUAUUGUUAUGUGGCUAUCCACCAUUUUAUGAUGAACAUGAUGCAGAAUUAUUUAAACAAAUCCUCAGGGCUGAAUAUGAAUUUGAUUCGCCUUACUGGGACGAAAUUUCGGAAUCAGCCAAGGACUUCAUCCGGAAUCUCAUGUGUAAGGAUGCAAGUAUUCGUUAUUCAUGCAAACAGUCUCUCAAUCAUCCAUGGAUCAGUGGAAAUACUGCAUUGGACAAGAACAUCCAUGCAUCAGUCAGUGCCCAGAUGAAAAAGAACUUUGCAAAAAUAAAAUGGAAACAAGCAUACAAUGCAACUGCUGUCAUUCGCCAGAUGAAGAAGUUAGCCAUGAGUCGUGAGGACAGUAACAGCAGUGAAUCCAAUGAAACGAAAUCAACAAAGACGUAG